AAAAAAUAACAUAAACAAAGGCAGAGGAAGAAAUAUAUAUAAUAUCUGGCAUUGUUAAAUUGUUUAUUAUUUUUGUUAGGUUUUAUUAAAUUUCUCUGGUGAUGAUGAUGAGGUAUUUCAGAUGAAAAUUAAGCAUUGUUUGUUGGAGUAACAACUCCCGGCGGGCUGAUGAAUUAAAAAACUGGUUGCUGAGGCCAGCAGACGCCAACAUCAUCAACUGCACCACCAUCAUCAUCAUUAUUAUUAUUAUACUACAAGAAUCUCUCUCAGUCUAGCAACAGUUGUUGUGUGUAUCAACGACAUAUUAUAACAUAAUAUAAUAUAACAUAACAACAACACUUACCAACGAAAAAUCUCACGUUCGCUUGUUGUUCGGAGCAGAUGAAAAGAAACUCUGCGGUCUUUACUCACUAAAUUUCAGUUUAUCGGAGGAUAACUUACAAUACGGUUUCCCCCACAACCGAUUCUUAUCGCUUCUUUUACUUCCCGGACUUAUUUCUGCAAGAAUUUCUCCUUAACAAAAAAAAAAAAAAAAAAGGAAAACAAAAUAUGUGCGCGAAUUUUGGUUUAUACUGCGCUCUAAUUCGACUGGGCCUCUACUCCUUUGGUCGUCGAGUUUGUUGUACCUGUCGGACCCCACCAGAAAAGCCUGUAUUCCAAGUAUUGUGUUUGGGACUAACUGGAUCAGGAAAGAGUGCUAUUAUAUAUGCCUUAAGUAAAGAUUCUAUUGACAAACUGGAGCCUACAGUAGGUUUCCUUAUUAAGCCUUUAGAAUUCACUGAUUGUAUAUUUGAAAUGAAAGAACUGGGAGGUGCUGAUAACGUGAGGAUUUAUUGGGAUCGGUACCUUUCAGGUGUGGAUGCUUUGAUUUAUGUUGUGAACAGUGCAGAUACUGCUGAUAAUCUUCAGCUUGCAAGCCAAGAAUUGACACGAAUAUUACAGAAUAAACAACUCAAUAAUGUUCCACUUCUUCUAAUGGCAAAUCACCAUGACAUGGAAGAUGCACGGUCUAUGGACCAGCUGAAGCAGAUAUUUGAUUGGCCGAUAAUAUCAACCAAUCGUCAAUGCAUCAUUCACCCCAGCUCCAUCAAGAAUACAGACACCAUUGAACAAGGUUUCAAAAAACUAUGUGGAAAAUUGCAGAUAAAUGCAUCUAGUCCAGGAAAAUAAGUAAUGAAGUCAUGAAAGUGUCUUAAAAAUUGUAAUUUUUCUCCACAUUGGGGCAAGAAUAUGUAUUUAUUUAUUUGUGUUCAUUAUUGUCAUUGGACGCAGUAUCCAAUAUUUGAUUAAUUCACCAGAUUUAAUCAGUUUCUGUAUCAGAAUUUGAUUAAUCCAUCAUGCAUCUUAUCACUCAAUAUAUUCAUUGGAAAAAAUUUUAUGCUCCUUGUAAGCGUAUGUCUCUGACCUGAUUUUCAUUCCCAGUUAUACUCAUCUCACUUCACAUUCAUCACUAAUGCCUUGAAUGUCACACAAUUCUAAUUUCUUCCGUCUUUUUAAAAGUAAGGCUGUGGGCCUACAUAAAAAAAAAAUCAUUAUUCAUUUAUUCCACUAACCUCACAAUCUAUGAAAAUUUUAUUGUUGUAUCUUGGGUGAGUCAUAAUUCCAAUAAUAAACACAUGCAUUGGUUCUAUUUCACUUUAUUUGUCAAUUGGUUAACUGACUAAU